AUGGCAGAAGAGACAACUUCAGCAAAUGGCUUUAUCACACUCAUGACAAAUAUCCAAGACUUUCUGAGUGAGGCUCAUACACUGACUGAAAGGACAACUCGUGAAUUGGAAAUGAGUGGUACAAAACAAACGAUGAGAAAAGUGAGUGAUUCGAAUUGGGAAGAAACACAAACACGUGCCUUCACAAAGUGGGUCAAUUCUCACCUGAAGAAACGUGAAGGUAUUGCUCUUGUUGAGAAUUUAAUCAAUGAUGUUCAAACUGGUGUUCCAAUUUUUGUUCUUUAUGAAAUUAUCAGUGGUGAAAAACUUGGUAAAAUGUACAACAAUCCUGAGAGUAAAUUUCACAAGAUUGCCAAUUUGAAUAUAGUCAUUGAUCGUAUCAAUCAAGUUGUGGAAACAAUGGGUAUUAAAUUGCAAUUCUCAGCUGAACAAGUUUUCAAUGGAGAAAAGAGACAAAUCUUGGGUUUAAUUUGGACUUUAAUUUUGAGAUUUCAAAUUACAAAAACUUUGGAAAUUGAACAACCUAUUGUUAAAGUUGAUACUCCUCCAGUGAAAGUGGAAAGUAAUGAAGAACACAAGGAAGCAGUGCCAGUUGUCGAACCUGUGAAACAACAACAUACAACAAAACCUCAAAAGAAGACAAAUGCUGGUGAUAGUGCUAAAAUGGAAUUAUUAAAAUGGGUCCAAGAAAAAUUGGUUCCAUAUGCUGGUGAGUUCCUUGUAAAGGAUUUCACAUCAAGUUGGCAAGAUGGUAAGGCACUUGCUGCUUUGAUUAGUACUUUGAAACCAAGAGCACUCAAAUAUAAAAAGAUUGAUUUUGUAAAUACUACACCAUUGGAAAUUAACAGAGAAUCAAUUAGAAUUGCUGAAGAAGAAUUGGAUAUUCCUGAAAUUAUUGAUCCUGAGGACAUUACUGAUUCACCAGAAGAACUCUCAUUAAUGACCUAUAUUUCCUAUUUCAGAGAUUAUGACAGACUUCAUCCAGAAGAACAAAUUGAAGAAGAGGAAGUUCCUGAGGAACCAGUUGUGGAAAUUAUUGAAGAUAUUCGUCCAGAAAUUGAUCCAUCAAAAUGUAUUGCUGAAGGUCCAGCUUUUGAUGAAUCAAAUCCACCAAUUCCAGGUCAACCAACUCAUUUCACAAUUGUCACCUAUGAUGAAGAAGGGAACAAAUAUAUUCCAAAGAGUACUGAAGAUGAUGAAAAUCAAAUUACUGUCAACUUAUUCAGUCCAUACGUUUCCGAAGAAAUUCCAGAACCUGACAUUAAGAAUAAUGGUGAUGGUACCUAUGAUGUUUCAUUUGUAGUUCCAGUUGGAGCUAAGGAUUUGAAGGCACUUAUUGUUGUCAAUGGUGAAAGUAUUCAAGGUACUCCUCACUCUGUUCCAAAUGCUUCAAUCUUUGAUCCUGCCAAGAGUAUUGUUGUUGGUGAAGGCGUUCAACCUUAUAAUUUAUAUGUUGACGAAAUUACUGACUUUGUUGUGGAAUGUAGAGAUACUAAUGGAGCUAACAUUUUACAAAGUGUUCCAGAUUUGCAAUUUGAUCUUGUCUUGAAGGAUACUGAUACUGGUAAUGAGUACCCAGUUAAAGCUCAACAAGUUGACAAUGCUGAUGGUACAUAUACAAUCAGCUAUGUUCCUGAUUGCCCAUCUGGUUCUUAUGAACUCUCUGUUUUGACAAACAAAGGAGAAAAAGUAGGAAAUUCUCCAUUUGAUGUUACCUUCCAACAAAAAGUCAUGCCAGCACAAUGCGUUGCCAAAGGUAAUGGUAUUUUGCCUUUCGGUUUAAAGACUGGUGUUGCCACUAGUUUCACAAUUGAAAUUAAUGAUAAGAAUGGUAAAAUUAUUCCAUAUGCCGAUGAAGAAAUUUUAGUUGAUAUUUUGAGUGGAGAUGAACUUGUUGAACCAAGUGACUAUUUCUUAACUGUUACCAAUAAUCAAAAUGGUACCUAUACUGUUAAUUACAAACCAAAGAAAGCUGGAACUCACUUCAUUUCUGUAAAGUGUAAUGAUGAAAAUAUUUCACAAAGUCCAUUCAAGGUAGAAAUUUCAACUCUUCCUUCUGCUCCAAACUCUAAACUCAAACUUGUUUCAGUUAAAUCAUUGCCAAACUUGAUUGAACAAGAAAUUGACCUUAAGGCUCUCGACUCAUUUGGUGUUAAAACAGCAAAGAAUUGCAAGUUGGUUGCCUUAGUUGAAGAUGAUGAUGGAAAUCUCAUUCCAGCAACUAUUGUUCCAGGUGAAGAUGAUAAACUCAAGGUUGUCUUCAAGCCAACCAAAGCUGGACAAAAGUACAAGACCAAGAUUCUCAUGGAUGGCGUUCCAGUUGGUGAUAGUUUCACUGUUCAACACAAACCAAUUUUAUCUUGUCCUUUGACAAGAGUUUUCGGUCCUGGAUUGAAUGGAGCUGAUUUAUUCUCCAAGGAUAGCGUUCCUGCCAUGUUCAAGAUCAAAUCAAUUGACAAUAAUCGUAAUCCAUACCUUCAAUCAAACUUGCAACCAGUCAAGGCCUCAGCAAAGAAACUCAAGAGACUUGCCAAAAGUAUUUUCAAAGAACCAGAUUAUUUUACAGAUUUGUUGAAUCCACAAUAUGAUUUACAAUUAGAUGAUGAAUCAGUAGUUGAAUCUAUUGACUUUUCUAAAUCAGUUGAUCUUGAUGAAGUUAGACCAGCAUUGGAAAGACACAUCAAGGCAACACCUUUCAAGGUUAUUGUUAAAAAUGAAAACACUGGAGAAGAUAUUCCAGCUAUUGUUUUCAAUACAGCCCCAGCCGAAUAUACAGUCUUUUACAAUCCAACUACGGCUGGCCCUAUUUCUAUUAGUGUUGUUGAUAAGAAAGAUCAACAUCCAGUUGCUGACAGCCCAUACCAAGCUUUCGUUACUGAAGGAGUCAACCCAAUGCUUUGCCAAGUUAAGGGUCCAGCAUUGUUGAAGGCUUACAAGGGAAGACCAACCUAUCUCACUAUUCUUCCAAGAGAUGCCAACAAUUCACCAAUUUCUGUUGGUGGACACGAAUUUUAUGCCAAUCUUGCUGAUAAUAAUGGAGUUUCAUGUAUUGUACCACUAACAAUUGUAGAUAAUAAUAAUGGUACCUAUGAUGUUAAAUUCACUCCUCAAGCUAAGGGAAAACAUUUGAUUUCAAUCAAGCAUGAUGGCCAAGAUCUCAAAGAUUCACCAUUUCCAAUCUUUGUCAGAGAUGAUGAGUUUGCUCCAUAUGCCAAGAAUUGUCAAGUAUUUGACAAUCCAUCCAAGAUGAAGACUACCAAACCACGUCACUUCUUUGUACAAAUGAAGGAUAAGGAUAAUAAUCCAAUUCUCUCUGGUGGUGAUCCUCUCAAGGCCACGCUCAAGACACCUGAAGGAAAGCUCGUUCAACACCUUGCAGUCAUUGAUCCAAACACUGGUAAAUAUAAGAUUCCACUCAAUCCUAAGGUUCCAGGUAAAUAUAUUGUAACUUGUUCACUGGGUGAUGAAGAAGAUGGAGGUGAAGUCAUUUCAGGUUCUCCAUUCCAUCUCAAUGUUACACCUGGCAUUUCACCAUUGAAGACUGAAAUUGGUGAUUGGGAAUUUGACAUUCAAACAGCUCAAGACAAUGAACCAGAGGACUUAUUCAUCAAGAUUAAAUCACCAUCUGGAAAAGUCAUCUCACCAACCAUCAUCAAGUGUCCAAGACCUGAAAAUCAUCAACCAAAUGAUGAUGACGAAUACUCGAAAGGAGACAGAUUCAAACUUAUUAUCAGAACUACAGAAGUUGAAAAGGGAGACUACUUGAUCUAUGCUAAUAUUUGUGGAUACCCAGUAAAGGGAUCACCAUUCAAGCAAACUCUAGAUGUUAGAUGUUAAUAAAUAUGAAAUGCUUAAUUUAAUUC